AUGAAAAGAUUGAUGACUGUUGAUGAAGCGAUAGAGGUCUCAGUAUGGGUUCUGACGGUAUACCUCGUGUUCCACGUGCCCCUCAUAGAGAUGAGGGUUGAUGACUUCGAGCAGCAGGCACUGGCUCAGGCCAGAGAGCAACCACCAGUGUCGACGGAAAAGCCGGAGCCAAUCAAUCAGCACCUGAAGCUAAGCAAGUGCUUCCACAUGCCUCGCUCCAAGUGCCCAGCAGAACCGAACUGCACCAAGGUCGGCUCCAUGUCAGUCUUCUGUUGUGACCUGGACAGCGCCCGGCUGAAGGAGGCACUGGCUUCUUCUAUUACUCAGAACACGACGUAUCUUCACGUGCUGAACGCCACCAUUGAUGAACUGGACGUCUCCCAGGCUAUGUUCCGGAGACUCACUUCCAUGGCCUUCACUGACGGAAACAUCGACAAAAUUGUUGGACAAUUUCCAAAACACUCCUCAGUAGCGUGUCUGAACAUCUCGAACAACAACCUGACGAGUGCCAAGCUCCAGCCUGCCAUCCAGAGGCCGUAUGCCUAUCUCUUCAACCUGAGCGUCCUGGACGCGUCAGCCAAUAACCUCACUGAGUUCCCACUGAGCUUGGUGCACAGUAAUCGAAAGAUUUCUGUAGAUUUAUCAGGUAACAGGUAUCUCCCCUGCAAGAACUUCAUGAAGGCGAUGGAAGAGAGCAACUCCUCGUUAGUGACCUUCCUCAACUACCGGGACACGUACUGCGCCCUGGACAUCAGCUUCAACUGGUUCAAAGAUGUCAGAGUAGUGCAGAUUGACCAUUUGAGGAUACAGAAAGAGCUUAACGAAAGCUGUCGCAAUAUAAAGCCGGCGAAUAUCAACUGCACCUGCAUUCCCGAGCGGCUGGAGUUCUCUGGUGAUGUGAUCACCAACCUGGUGGCCGUGGACUGUUCCCAGCGUAACCUGACCUCCUUGCCGACUAACUUGCCACACAACACCGUCAAGCUAAAUGUAUCUUACAACAACAUCACCUCGCUGCAGACAGUGGCAGACGACUCCACGUACGAGCACCUGCGGCAGCUGAUACUGGAUCACAAUGAUAUACCGCAUAUCCUCGAGUUGGAGGGCACCAAGUUUAUUGACAACUUCAUGUUGUUCUCUAUCGCUUAUAAUAAGUUGAAAACUAUACAUACAUACGUGCUGUCGAAUCGUUUCUAUAAGACGGGGCUGGCGCUGCUGAUAGCCGGCAACUACAUAAACUGUGACUGUAACACUGAGAAAACAUUAAAGCCGUGGCUACUAGAAAACUUUAAGAACAUCCCCGACUACAAGUUGUUGCUGUGUGACGACAAGGUUCCUGUGAUUGAUUUGGUGGAGUCACAAGUCUGUCACACGCCUCGCGACUGGACUGACUACAUAUACUACAUCAUAGGCCUGGAAGUGCUUAUCCUGGUGCUACUCAUCAGUAAAGUGUCCUACGAUUACUGGGUGUUCAAAACUGCUGGGUAUCUACCCUGGCCAGCGAACAAAAUGCCGAGAUUGCCAUGCGAUUGGUUAUGCGAGUAAGUUGCUGGUUGAUUAGCAACCAUCAGCUUUGGUUGGCUUUGGUUGAUUGGCAACCAAUAACGCCAAACCAAUGCUUUUAUGUGUUCGGGAAAUCUUGAUUAAUCUUCUAGAAAAGUGAUUGGGUUUGAUUACGAAUGACUUAUUAAUAAUCCUUUAUGAAAGUAGGAUAUAAUUGUGGGGAUUUUAUUAUGAAAGUGGAGGGGUAAUAAUGGGUAAAGUGGAAUUCCGAAUCCCUUGGACACCCGUAUGAAGCUAUGGUUAUUUUAGUGUUGUGCCAGAGAAAAUACGGACGAUUUUUAUAUUGGUUGCAAACCAAAUUGUUGGGACAAUUUUGGUUUUUUAUGCUUUGUAUAUGUGUUGUUGUCGUUGUAAUGUAAUCUGUAAUGUAAUGGGUUGCUAAUGCUGCCGAAACCAGGAGGUUUCUAAUAUGUCUGUAAAUGUUAUUUGUUAAGCUUCUUAUUUACUCUUGGUCUCUGUAAAUACUUAUUAUGAAUUUUGAAAUAAGUUACGAUGGUUAUUUUUAUAGUUUAUUUUUUAAAUUUAAAAGUGCUGUUUGUGUAAUUUGAAUAUACACCUUAGAUCUCUGUUGAUCAGCUCUAUGUAUAAUUCUAUACAUGCGAUGUUUUAUGUAAAUUUUGAUUGUGUUUUUUUGUAUAAAUAACUUGCCAAUUUCGUGAAGAAUCUCUCUGUUGUCUCGAUUGAAGUUUUCAUGGCAAUCAAAAUAAUGGUUUGAAUAAAAUGUCGGGUUCAAACUUAUGCACAAUGUAGUAGAUGUUCUCAUGACUUACAACACACGGUUUUCAAUUUUAUUUCCAAGAUUAUUUAACAAAGUAUUCAAGAACAUAGCGCUUUCCGUUUUAUAAGGCCGGCAACGCACCCGUGACUCCUCUGUUGUUGCGGGUGUCCAUGGGCGGCGCUGAUCGCUUACCAUCAGGUGAUCCGUCUGCUCAUUUGCCUCCUAUUACAUAAAAAAAGAGUUGAAAACUCUGAGUUUAUAGUGUAGUACAUAAGUAAAUAGUGUAACAAUGAUUUGAUAUAUUUGUGUAAGUUUGUCCACUGCCUUACCAUAUUAUGGUAAUAGGACCGUGUACUAUACCAUGCUAUGGUGUGAACCACUCGAUAACAAAAGAAGACUGACUCUAGUUCGAAUAUUUAACCUUGCCAAAACAAUAUGAGAGCCAUUAUUUUGAUUGUCCCACAAAAUCCAAUUACCAAACUCAUGUUUCUUAUUCUUGAAGAGUCGUUAUUAAAAUAAAGAAAAUUAGGAAAAAGGAUAUCUAUUUGUGCUACUUAUUUCU